AUGUCCGACAUCGAUAUACCUGAUGACAUUCUUCACAAUAUACUUGUUCGACUUCCGGCAAAGUCCUUACUGCGUUUUAGAUGCGUAUCCAGACACUGGAAUCAUCUGAUUAUUGAUCCUUACUUUAUGAAGUCGAGAUCACGUCGAAUGAUCAUCCUCCCCACCUCACCUCUUCAUCUUAUCGACGACAAUGUAUCAACCAACGACCCAGAUCAUUCAAUAGUCAAGCUUCCUUUUCCUUUUCGACACCAAGAAGGUACAGAUGUCACCGUUGUAGGAACCUUUACUGGGAUAGUCCUUUUAGUUCUUAGUGAUCAGUUCCAAAACCCUCAUAUGAUUCUAUACAAUCCAUUGACCAGGGCGUCGAAGGAAAUCCCGGAUCCACCGUAUCCAUUUCAUGGCGCCACCUAUGCAUUUGGAUUUGGCUAUGGUGCAACCCCAGAUGACCUGAAAAUUGUUCAAAUUGAAGUUCAUGACGAUUUCUAUGGCGACUGGAACACUUUUGAUGUCUUCGAUCUUAAAAAGAGUUCAUGGAUCACACGAAAAGACUUCUCUCCAAAAUAUGGGUUUCACGAAGAUAUUGGUGGUACGUUUCUAAACGGAUUCUUAUAUUGGGUUGCUUAUAAAUACGACAUGGUGGUGAUCUUGGGUCUGAAUAUUAAGGAGAUGGUGGUUUCAAAGAUAGAUAUACCUGAUCGAUGUCAUUGCACGCUUUUGGGUUCAAUAAAUGGAUGUCUUUGUAUCAUCAGCAUGAUGAUCAGUCAACUCCAAGAAACAACGACCACUGCCACCGCUGGAGACAUACUCGCACUCCUUGGCACACCUCAGCAGGCUGCAUCCGUCGACCCCUAA